UCUUCCGGCUGCAGGUGACAAGACAAUAGCAGCCCUGGACGGACGUGAGGUCAGAGGCCCACGUUACCGCUCGGCGUCCAGCCAUUGCUCACGCACACACACUGUCCCCAGAUCGUCAGGUGGGUGUCCGCAUGCUUCAGCAGCAUCUGUCCGCAGCUCUCCUGUCACCAUGAGGACCUCCCGGAACGCUGGCCUUGUUCUAGCCAUCUCCGCGUACACUGCCUUUGCGACAGACCUCCUUCCUUCCUUGACCUCUGAGGGGGCUGGUCUAGAAGAGACGAAGGUCCAGUGCGGGCACAACGUAAGUAAGUGCUGGUUCCUCUCCCUCAUCCAGCCGACUGAACUCGUAUGCGGCAGUGACCAGGUUACCUACAACGGCGAGUGCCACCUCUGCUCCAAAAUUCUAUAUGAAGGGCUGAACAUAACUAAACUGCAUGACGGCCCCUGUGAAAAUUCCUGAACUCACCACGAAGAAUUAUAAGCCUUACUGAACCCCCAGAGGGCCAAGUACAACACAGUGGUUGCCUCUUGAAGUAUAUCUCCUUUAAAGGAAAACUGUGGUGGAGAAAACAACUAGGAUCAAACUCAUCGAUCUGCUUCUUCAGUAAAUGAUUUUCUCAGCAGAAAACCUGACUCCCAAAUACCUGUCUUGGUUAAUGAGAAUCACAUAGCUUGAGGUGCUGUGUGCUCCCUCUGUUCUUUUUAUUUUUUUUAGAAUUAUUUUAUUUCACUUUAUUUAUUUAAAUUUG